AGCUGGUGCCCCUUCCCCCAGGAAAAAAGGCAGUUGGUUGUCGAUGGGUGUAUGCAAUUAAAGUUGGCCCUGAUGGUGAAAUUGAUCGGCUCAAAGCUCAGCUUGUUGCAAAAGGUUACACUCAGGUUUAUGGUCUUGAUUAUUGUGACACUUUCUCUCCUGUAGCCAAGAUGACUACUAUUCGUCUCUUCUUUGCCAUGGCAGCCAUUCGUCACUGGCCACUUCAUCAAUUGGAUAUCAAGAAUGCCUUCCUACAUGGUGAUCUUGAGGAAGAAGUUUAUAUGGAGCAACCUCCUGGGUUUGUUGCUCAGGGGGAGUCUGGUAUGGUAUGCAAAUUGCAUCGAUCUCUAUAUGGCCUCAAGCAAUCCCCGCGUGCUUGGUUUGGAAAGUUUAGCUCCAUUGUUCAAAAAUUUGGGCUAAAACGCAGUGAAGCAAACCAUUCAGUUUUUUAUUGUCAUUCUUCUCUCGGGAAAUGUGUUUACUUAAUAGUAUAUGUUGAUGAUAUUGUCAUUACAGGAAAUGAUGUUGUUGGAAUAUCUCAACUAAAAGAGUACUUGUGUAGACAUUUUCAAACCAAGGAUCUUGGAAGUCUCAAAUACUUUUUAGGCAUUGAAGUAGCGCAAUCAAAAGAUGGAGUUGUAAUCUCCCAAAGGAAGUAUGCUCUUGAUAUAUUACAAGAAACAGGCAUGAUUGAUUGUAGACCGGUAGACAGUCCCAUGGACCCAAACCAGAAAUUAAGGACAGAAGAAGGUGAAUUAUUCUCCGAUCCAGAGAGGUAUAGGAGGCUGGUUGGAAAACUGAUUUAUCUCACUAUUACAAGGCCAGAUCUAUCCUUUGCAGUUGGAGUGGUUAGUCAGUUCAUGCAGGCUCCAUGUAUUGACCAUUGGAAUGCUCUCAUUCGCAUUCUAAGGUAUGUAAAGAAGGCUCCCGGGCAAGGAUUGUUAUAUGAAGAUAAAGGAAGCAUUCAGGUCUCUGGGUAUUGUGAUGCAGAUUGGGCAGGUUCACCUAUUGAUAGACGGUCUACUACAGGAUAUUGUGUUUUUCUGGGAGGAAACAUUAUUUCAUGGAAAAGUAAGAAACAGAAUGUAGUAGCUCGAUCAACUGCGGAAGCCGAGUAUAGGGCAAUGGCAUCACUAACAUGUGAACUUAUAUGGGUGAAACAAUUCCUUCAAGAGGUUAAAUUUUGUGACAUCCAUAUUAUGAAGAUGUAUUGCGACAAUCAAGCUGCUCUCCACAUUGCAUCAAAUCCAGUGUUUCACGAGAGGACUAAACAUAUAGAAAUUGAUUGUCAUUUUGUUCGUGAAAAGUUGUUAACCAAAAAAAUAUGUACUGAGUUUAUUGGGUCAAACGAUCAACUCGCAGAUGUAUUGACCAAGUCAUUAAGGGGUCCUCGGAUUGAGUUUAUUUGUUCCAAGCUUGGUACAUACAAUUUGUAUGCUCCAGCUUGAGGGGGAGUGUUAGGAUAUUUAUCCUAUUUUAUCAU